AUGUUCACGGUGGUGUGUGAUCACCAACGCGUGAAGGUGCCAGCCGAAGCGGUCGAGAGCAUUAGCCCGGUCAUCGCGAUCCUCCUCUGGGGGUUUGACGUGUUCCUCACGCCGCCAGAGGAAGCCGAGAAACUGAUGAAGCGAGCUUGGCGCACCCACGCCCGUAUUGAAAAGCGCAUCAAGGACCCAGCUGAAGGGUCGCGCGACUUGGCCGUCAUCUUGGCGAAGAUCAUGCCCGACGGCGAGGAAGUGCCGGCAACUAUCGAUCUGGUGUCGCCGGCGACAGGCAAAAAGACACGGGUGUCGGCGCAGCACGCGGUCGACCACCUUUUCUUUUCUGUCGAAGGACGCAAAGCGUCCGAAGAUGGCUCGGUGGGCGACCAGUACUGGGAAGAUCCUCAGUUCGGUGACAUGGUCGACGACGAACUCGAGGAAAGCCCCGAAAGCGUCCAUCCCGGGUCAAGCGACUCGGAGGUCGCAUUGAGCGACGACGACGCUUCGGUGCUGUUCCGGCGGUCGGCCAAGUCUGGCCUAAGCGAAGUCAAGCCCGUCAACACACCUAAGGAGCCGCUCAAGCGACCCCGCGGCGUGUAUUGGGAAAACGGCGGCGAGCGCUCUCACGAGACCACAGGCCCUUGGGGGGUCGAGGUGGGCCCAGCAGUUGACGCGGGAACGGACUCGGCUCUCGCCCACGCGCGCCGCCUCGCCGGUCUUGGCGAAGCCGGCUCGGCCAAGCGCCCGCGAACGGAGUUCAACCCGAAUGCGAUCGAGGUGGGGCUCCACUGUUUGAUCACGAGCGAGUAA